GGUCUCUCCGAAUCUGAUUCCCAUCGUGCUUCAUUGCUGCUUUGAUCACCACUUCUGUUGCAUGUCUUGAGUCGGUCUUCCUGUCAGCGACCCAGAGUUCGAGAGCGCCUUUCCUAUAUACCAGACACAAAAAUCUCUUUGUUGUUCUGCCUCAUCUGUCGGGGCAUAGUCGCAUUACAGCCAUGUCUUCUCCGCAAGAAGACAAGAGGCGGCCAGCCGCCCUCAACCUCGCUCCCACCCGAUCAGCAUCCACAGAUUCCUCGACGUCCGAGUCUUCGCUGAAGCCCCCUCGCACUCCUCGCUUUGCAGAAGCCACAUCAGUUCACUCUCCUGUGGAAGGUACUCGGUCACCCUUCGCCGACCCUGUCAGAUCAGAAGUGCCUCAAUCCCAGCCUGGAGACAUCGGGUUCGGUUAUAUCAACAACAGCAGUAGCCACCGCGAGUCCGUCGCCGUUCCAAUGACCCCGAGAUCGCCACUCAAGAGCGCCAUGAGGGUACCCGGGACUCCGGCGAGGAAGAUUGAGAACCCACUCAGCCCAACUUUCCGAGAGGAAGAUAUCUUGGAGAAGCGCGAAGAGGCAACUGACAAGGAACAAGCACGGGACCUGAAAAUCAAGACCCGCGUCCGCAUGGCCAAGUUCGCCCUCCGUGGCGUCAACUUCAGCUGCAGUUUGAUCAUCAUCACCAUGCUUGCCGCCUCCUUCCAGAUCUUCAACGCUACUAGGCGUCUCCCUGCUCAGAGCGGUCUUCCCUCCUGGGCUGAAGGCACAGCCAUUUGGCCCCAAGUGUUGGUAAUCACAAUGGCCUCCAUCUCUCUUCUCGUCUGUAUUGGUGUCUUUCUCGCCUACUGCCGCGGCGGUCAUCACCGUGCUGAGAAAGUUGCUACCUACUAUACCCUGUUCGCCAUCGGCUGGUUCAUUCUCUCCAUGGUCUUAUGGGCUGUCGCUGCUGGUCUCUUCCAGUCAAGCCGAAGCAACGGGGGCGGCAAGGACAUGUGGGGUUGGUCUUGCAAAGAAAACAAGCGCGCCGAGGUCUUUGGUGAGAAGGUCGACUACGCCCUCAUCUGCCGCCUUCAGAACUGGGCCCUCAUCUGCAUGGUCAUCGAGAUCGUCGUCGACGUCAUCUGCGUCCUGCUCUACAGCAUCGUUUUCUACCGAUACUACACCAAGCGCCGCCUCCACAAGUCCAUGGACAUGCGUGACCGCGCCCGUUCUGAUCUCUACCUCGCUCAGCUCCGAACUCAGUCCGCCCCCAACACUCCCGGCCUCAAGUCUCCCGGUCUGUACUCCCAGUAUGCCCUUUCCCCUCGCCACCCUGACAAGACCUUCGACAACCUGUCUCGCAUCGAGGAGGCCUCGCCAUUCACCCCGGGAACCCGCUUCGUCGAGCCGGAGUCCAGCUUCAACAAGCCUAAGCCCAGCUUUCAGCUCCAGGCUCCUCCGGCCAAGGCUCGCUCGGCGACGAAACCCGGCCAGGGCUCGUUCACGCCUACUUCGCCAGAAGGCCCUGCUCCAUUAUUCCCUUUCCAGCAACAGCCCCAGGCGCCGCCGCCGCCGGAGCAACAAUCGCCGCCGCAAGAGCAGACCCAACAGCAUGCGCCAAUGGCUGCUGAUGAGCCAGUCUACGACGCCGUGCCGAUCCCCGGGGCCUACUCCGAUGCCCCGAUGAAGAGCCCGCCGCCACACCAGUACACCUUUGGCCAGGCAAGGUAAAAUGGGGUUGAUUGAUUUGACGAAGAUAAGAGUGGCGAGCGGCCGAGACGUCGAGACGAAUGCGAUGUGUUUUUGAAAACCAAACCCCUUACUGCUUUUCUUUGUAUUCAGCUGAGCUGGCUUUUUUUAAACUCUCCUUUUUUUCUUCGUCACCGAAUUGACGAAAUCAAGAUAUAUACCAUUCUGGCGUUGGGAAAGGCAUCCAAGAUGGGAAAGAUAUUGACCUCCUUCUCUUGCGCAGGUCAACGGUAUGUGGCUUGAACACGAUGGUAGUUCAUAACAGUAAUUUACCAAGUAUUGCAUCAUUGGGCCUGAUUUGUCUCCUUGAAUGAACGAUUGCUCAUUAGGUCUGACUCGGUUUGGUCAUAGUUAAGAUCCAAGACAACAAACCCCACGAUCAAGCCCCGUCCGUCCGCCCCCGCCGCUGAGCAGGAGGGAUAACUUGGGGCCCCGUUUUGCGGGUUUUGGUGCCCUUGAAUCUUUUUACACAAUAACCCACCCACCACUCUCGUUAUACUCCGGUUCAUCAUGAGGAUUGAUCACCAAUCUUUCAUAGCC